GUAAUUAUGAUUUACUAUUGUUCAUUUAUGAAAUAACUCCUAGUAUCAAUUUGGAGAAUAAUAAAAUGAACUUGUCUAAAAAGCUAUUAUGAGUAUAAUAAUAAGUACGAUCUUGAAAAGGCACUCAUUUUUGCAGAGACCUGAUAAAUCAUGUUUAAUCAGCAUUGGAUACCAAAAUCUAGAUUGCAUAAAAAAUUUCCUGUUCUAUAUUUUAUAUUAAAUACUAGCAUCUCAAUUAAAACCUAUACUGCAUUUUGCGCCUUAAGAAGCAGUGCAAGUAUCACAAUUUUCAUCAAAAAAGCCAUGCAUCAAUCAAGAUUGACAAGCUUUAGAAUAUAUUCUUUAAAAGACACCCCC